AUGAAGGGUUUUGCCUUUCUACUUGCCUUGGUUGGCUUCUGCCAUGGACAGGUCAAGCUGGGCUCAUACAACCUUGACGGUACAGUUUCAGUCUCUGGAUUGUCCUCAGGAUCAUUCAUGGCCGUCCAGUUCCAUGUUGCUCAGUCUAGGAAAGUUGUAGGAGCUGGCCUAUUUGCUGGAGGCCCAUUCUAUUGCGCGAAAGGAAGCAUGAUGACUGCCACCGGUGCUUGCAUGUCAAUGCCGACAAGCAUCGACGUCAACUCCCUGAAGACGCAGACGCAGAGUUACGCCAACAGCGGGCUGGUGGAUCCAGUGUCCAAUCUGGCCAACAGCAAAGUUUACAUCUUCUCAGGGUCCCGUGACACAACUGUGGUUCCAGGAGUGGUGAAAAAGCAAGAGGACUAUUACAGAGCCUAUGUCAACUCUGCAAACAUCAGGACCGUGUAUGACGUUGCUGCAGUGCAUGGCAUGCCCACAGACAGCUACGGAGGCUCCUGCGCAUUAACCAAUAUGGAAUACAUCAACAACUGCGGCUACAAUGGCGCUUAUGAAGCCCUGAAUCACAUCUACGGGGGUCUUCAGAAACCCAGCAGCUCAGCCGGACUCAGCGGACAGCUGAUCUUAUAUGACCAGUCAGAAUACUUCAAACUGGCCCCUGCUUCCACCUACGGAAUGGACACCGCUGGCUACGUCUACGUCCCAUCAUCCUGCCAGAGCGGAGCAAAGUGUAAUCUGCACAUCAAGAACUAA